GCCCGGGCAGCCGAGCACCCCAGGGCGCGCAGCGGACGGGACGAGCGUGCGGGCGCAGGAAGGAAGAAGAGACCUAGCGAAGGCUCGUGGCUGGAGCAGUGUGGCAGAGGGAGCAAGUGCAUCUGCCCGUUUCUGCUGACCGAGAAGGUGAACCACUUAGUUCCUCAUGAUGUCUGAUGGGGACUAUGAUUACCUCAUCAAGUUUUUAGCACUGGGAGAUUCUGGAGUAGGAAAGACCAGUGUACUUUACCAGUACACAGAUGGUAAAUUUAACUCCAAAUUUAUCACGACCGUGGGCAUUGAUUUCAGGGAAAAAAGAGUGGUGUACAGAGCCAACGGGCCAGAUGGAUCGAGUGGCAGAGGCCAGAGAAUCCACUUGCAGCUGUGGGAUACAGCAGGACAGGAGAGGUUUCGGAGCCUGACAACAGCGUUCUUCAGAGAUGCUAUGGGGUUUCUUCUGCUUUUCGAUCUGACCAAUGAGCAAAGUUUCCUCAAUGUCAGGAACUGGAUAAGUCAGCUACAGAUGCACGCCUACUGUGAAAACCCAGACAUAGUGUUAUGUGGAAACAAAAGUGAUCUGGAAGACCAGAGGGUGAUAAAAGAAGAGGAUGCCAGAGCACUUGCAGAGAAAUAUGGAAUUCCCUACUUUGAAACUAGUGCCGCCAGUGGGGCCAACAUAAGCCAAGCCAUUGAGACGCUGCUGGACCUGAUCAUGAAGCGGAUGGAGAGGUGCGUGGACAAGUCAUGGAUUCCUGAAGGCGUGGUGCGGUCCAAUGGCCACCUGUCUGCUGACCCGUUAAGUGAAGAGAAGGCAAAAGGGUCCUGUGGUUGUUGAAAAGUCCAGAGCUAUGCGGUGAUUUGGAUGGGCCGUACCUGUUACCCUCUGGGGCCGCUAUGUGACAGGGAGAGCAGCUGAAGGACAUCGCGUACAAACAGCUUCUCUCCGUCCCAGUUCUGCUUCCCCAGAGGCAGUGAGCUUUGCAAUUAAUUUAUCGUAGCUUCUGUAACUAUUUCUUUAAGCUUUGACCUAUGCAUUAAAGAGGGGUUUCCCGUAGCCAAAAGUGCCUUAUGCAGCUUGAGCCCCUGAUAUAGAUCAGUCAAGGAUUUUGGGAUUUUAUAGCCCCUGAACAGUACCUUUAUUCGGUACAGUUGCUGAGAACAAGGUGACCUGAUGUCACAGAAACAUCCCCAGAAUCACACAUGCAGAUCUUAGGUAAAGUGAUAAACUAUCUUUAUUGAAUCCAGAUUUUUUGU